UUAUAACGCCGAAUUCAACCUACUUACCUAUUCUCGUCGCUAAACACCGAAUCUGCCUGGGAUUUCCGGUUUUGCUCCAUUUAAGUCGAUCUUCGCAGGAAGUUUCCGUCACGGUGUACGCUCUUCAAAGCUUGUUUGUGUGUUGCUGAACGGAUGCGGAAGUGGCCUCGGAUUCAUACAUACUUCCAUCCACAAACAAACCGCAUUGCGACUCGAGGGUCUGUCGCCUGAGUCCUCUCUCCUCUGGAUAUUAAAUCCAAUUCUAUCUCGACGUCUUCUCUGAUUCUUCAUCUCUUUCUCGCUGGGGCCAGACCAGAUGUCAGUCAUUGACCGUUAAAGGUUCUCAAUAUGGAAUCGGUUCGGCUGUCUCAUCCAGAAUCGACACAUUCCAACUUAAACUCCGGCAUGCUGCCCAACUCAGCAUGGUCUGACAACACUCGCAGAUCGGAUCAUCAAGCCCACAUCACUUCGCCUCUUGGCCAACGUAUCACAUUAAGGACAAAUGACCGUCGCCGAGAUGAUGAGCAACAACUCCUUGGUGAUGAUCGCACUCCAGACCAGGGACCUCGCCUACGCGAAGGUCAUGUAUCGUUAUUCAACAAUUCCGGAAGUGCUCCUGCAUCAGUAUAUGCGCCACAGCGGACACACGUUCCUAUCGAAAUGCAGUUAACUACAGAACGGGAUGGCCAUGAGUCGCAAGCUGAAAUGGGCCUGUGCAGAGAGUCACAAGAUCUGGCGUUGGCAGACAACACUGGCAGUCCCAACUGUGGCAGGCGCUCAUGUACCUCGAUCUUUGCAGAGAGGAAGGUUCGCAGGCGGCUUAUCACAUUGACUGCGUCUGGAGUGUUCCUCCUUGCAGUCGUCGCUGUAUACCUUGCAUUCGCUGCUUCGCGCACUACUCUAGGCCGGGAGCUUCAAAUUCUUUUGAUCUUCAUGAUACUGAUAAUUGGCAUCGUUUUCUGCCAUGCAUUAACUCGUUUUCUCAUGGCAAUAGUACCAAGACCUGAUUCUGGGAUCGCUACAAACCGCAUACCAAGCAGGGCAGGACCCUCUGGUUAUGCACAACCGUCACAUCCCAUCCACGUCGUUCUGGCGGCGGAUGAGGAUGCUAUGACUGAAAGCCGUGACGCUGCUCGGGAAAAGAUAACUGCACCUCCUCCAGCGUAUGGUCUUUGGAGAGGCAGCGUGCGCUUGAACCCUGACUUGUUGUAUUGGCAACGUGUGAAUAAAAAAUCCCCGUUACCAAAAGUCGACGAACGCGGUCCUAGCAACAAGUCUCAAACACCCCGGCCGCCUAGUUAUAUCUCCGAUAAUGGGAUCGACUACGUUAUUGAAGCACAGCCACGAUCCUUCAUGCAACGGCAUGCUCCAGAGGAAUCAGGCCGCUAACAUUGAUAUUCUCGACUCCCUCUUGUUCUGCUCUACGCCCGCUCGGUGCGGCUGUCUUGGAUAGAAAUCCUGCCUUGCAGGAAUUCAAGCCUCCGUAGCCAUAUUCUUUCCGUUUAUCCGACAUAUACCCCCAACAUAUGCACCACUUCAUAUCUGCCAGUUUUAUCUUGUCUUAUCGAUCUUUUGGUUGUCUGGGUUCAAGCGGGAGUUUUAGUGGCAUGACAGCAGCAGCAUUGAAUAAGCGCCAUCAUAUAUUGAAUUUAGGUCCUUGACAUUGGAGUUUUUUAAGAAUCAG